AUGAAAAUGCCGGUGCCGUACCAGUGCCGCUUUAAUUCACGGCCCUUAGUGCCGGUGCCGGUGCCGCCUAAGUGCCUCUCAUUUAGAUAUAACUUUGUUACGCAUAUAUGCCAAACACACGGCACCAUUCUUUACGCAAAACUUCUAGUAAUAGCCCGAUGGGUCUUGUACAUAAUGUUCAUCGACUUGGCUAUGGCCACUUUAAAACCUGGCAAAUGGUGCCCGGAGUUGGCACCGGGAGUAUCGGUCAACAAAAUCAGCCAGGUCAGUUCUGAAGACGUAGGCAAAAUUAUCAUGCUCGUCGAUAACCUGCCGAUAGGCAUGCGCAAGAUGUACGGCACAAUCCUUCCAGUCAUCGGUGAACGGGCCGGCGAGUGCCUCACAAUGAAUAGCGAAAAUAGUAGUAAAGCUAUAUAUGGCCACAAUGUAGUGUCUGAAGAGCUGGUAACCAUAUACAGUAACCCCGCUUUCCCUGAACGAGACACCCGUCCCAAUACAUAUACACUGCGCAUUGUUGUGACCGAUCCGGAAGUGUCUCAAUUAAAACUAGAUUUCACCCAUAUGGAACUUGGUCAACCAAAUGUCGAUGGUCAUUGUCUGGGCGAUACAUUGAGCGUGGCUAUAGUGGAGGACAACGCGUCAACCUUGUCGGCUGUGCCCACACUAUGCGGUCGUAAUGAUCGACAACACAAUGUAGUGAUCGACACUAUACCUGAGAGUGAAUACCGAUGGCAUAUAAUAGUCACACAGAUUACCCGUUUGUCAAGUCAUUUAGCGGCUCCAACCGGUUGCUUACAG